AAUUUUGGCUUUGCCAGUGACACCCACAUCGCAUAAAUAAAAAAAAUUAUUAAGGUGCACUUGUCUCAGACCUUUACCACCUGUUUUGAUUGAAUGUACACGGCUUCUCAAUCAAUUGUCAACAAUACAAGGAGAGCAGAACGAAAAAGCAGGUUUGACAAGACCAAAAUUCCAAAGGACACAGCCUUUUAAGCUAACAAGUUCUACUUCAUGCAAAUCUUUCAGCACAGACUCGGGAUGGCCAACGUGUUUGCAUAUCAGAGUUCUCAGAUUGACUGGUGUGAAGACAAUUUUCAGUUUUCAGAGAAAGUUGCCGAGUUUUACAACACGAUCAGCAGUGUAAGUUUCUUCAUAUCGUCUCCUAUAAUGAUGUAUCUAUUACAUCCAUAUGCUCAGAAGAGGUCCAGAGCUGUGUAUCUCAUCUGGGUCAUGAUUAUGUUUGUAGGAUUUUUCUCAGCAUACUACCACAUGACUUUGAGCUACUUUGGUCAGUUAUUAGAUGAAUUAUCCAUCCUGUGGGUGUUAGCAAUUGGUUACAUGCUGUGGUUUCCCAGAAGACACUUACCAACGUUCAUCACAACCAGGAAGUCUUUUUCACGGAUUGUCUUUCUUGCUGCAUUGCUGAGCACAAUCCUCUCAUUUUAUAAACCAACAGUGAAUGCUUAUGCGCUGAAUUUUGUUGCCUUGCACAUUAUUUAUGUGAUUUCACUUGAAUUGAAAAGAUGCACAGAUCAAAGAAUAAUUAACCUGGCCUUUGUGACUGUGGCUUGGUGGCUUGUCGCGAUUUCUUGCUGGCUAAGUGAUCGCUUACUCUGUGCCUUCUGGAGACAGAUAAAUUUUUACUACCUCCAUAGUUUCUGGCAUGUACUGAUUAAUAUUGCAGUUGUCCAUGGCACAACGUUGUUUUCAUAUUUUGAUGCAUUUUAUGAAAUUCCAGAGACCUGCCCAGAAGUGAAAUAUUGGCCUGUAGACUCACAAUGGUUAGGUCUACCAUACCUUGCAAUAGGAGACAAGGAUCAUCUCCGAAAGUCCUGCUGAACGGGUUAUAUAUUCUUAAAUUCUACCAGAUAUUUUAUCAAUCAAUGCCUACAAAUAAUAUUUUAGUGGUGCUAUUAUGGGAUCUUUUGAUGGUGGGCACAAGGAACCUGAUCUGAAAUUAUAUAUUUGUCUUUUAUUUAUACAGUUCAUAAUAUUGUUGGCCGUGCAUUAUAAGGAGAUUGGUUCAGUUUUUUGUAAAUCUGGAGCAUUUAUUUCUAUUUUAGUUAUUUUGAAUUCAUGUUAUUUUACUCUGAAUUCAGGUGAAGGCCAGAGAAUAUACUUUUAAAUAUUUUUGUGCCCAAUGUCAGUAUGAAGCACUGUUCAGUAAAAUAUGACAUGCAUAAUCAGCAGGUUAAAGAAUGUAAUAUUCUAGUUUCUAAAACUAGCUAUCCUACUGGAAUAUCUGAAGAAUAAACGGCAGAUUAGUCUCAGUAAUAUUGGUAAUUUGUGAAGUAUGUACCAAAAUUGAUUUUGGGAACAAAACACUUUUAUUCCUAACUUGGGGAAAAUAUUUACAAUAAUUAUUGUUAGAUAUCUGUUAAUUACAUUACAGGUAUGUACAUCCUUUGUAGUGUGCCCUUCUGACAAAACAGAAUUUGUCAGUGUGAUCAUAUAUAUCAUCUAAUUGCAAUGCAGGAAUAAUGAGCCACAAGUAUAAGUAUUGAUGCAAUUGUAUCCCUGAUGCACCUGUACAGUACGAUCUGCCUGUAA